UUUCUCUUUCUUUUUGAUCCCAAAGGCUUUAUAAAUGUCCAUUUAUAAUACUUCACGUACCGAUAAAAGUAAGACCCGUGCCCCACUUCGUCGUGGUGGCGGGCCUUUACGACCCGGUAUGGGCCAACACCGUCUGAUGCAACAACAAUUGCAACAGCAACAAUUACAACAACCCGAAGAACCUCUCACGUUUAAUGAAUUUCAAUUAAUGUCUACCUCAAAACGUGGUCAAAAUCACUUGAUGGAUUUUAAGUCUAACAAACGUGUGGAAGUCAACAAAUUUGCCCGGCCUGUUAAAUUGCAUCGUAAAGAAACCAACUUUAUUCCUUACCGUCAAUACAUUCAAAACUUGAACGAACAAAACGCUGCCAAUGCCGCUGCCAACGCUGUUGCUGCUGCUAAAGCGGCUGCCAUCAUGGCUGGUACACCUAUCCCCAACGAUACGAGUAACCGUAACAAUAAGAAUGUAGAGGAUCUGGGCAACGAAAUCUCUCCCGAUGGACCUCAAGUUACCCCACAACCUCAACAUGGUCCCAAAACAGGUGCCGACACUUCGCUUAUUGCUCCCUUGGGUGGUGCUACUCGUAAUAAGCAAAUGUUGUUCAAGAAAAGAACCAAGCAAAUCUAUCUGGCUAAGGAAGAUACAAGAGAAUUGAAAGAACAAGAACAUCGUCCUUGGAUUUUAGAGGAUUACGACUCACACAAUAGUUUUACCGGAACUCUUGAAGGUGGUCAACGUUCCGAUUACAUGUUCUUUGUAUUAUCCGAUAAUGGUUUUAAAGUCAUGCCCGUAGACAGAUGGUACAAGUUCCAAGCAAAGCGAAACUUCAAAACUUUAUCUUUGGAGGAAGCCGAAGAACAGUUGAAAAAACAACAAAAGCGUGAAAACGGUAGAUGGAUGAUGUUGAAGCGUGAGAAUGAACAAGCAGAAGCCAUGUCUGAUGCUGUGCGUCCCAAUAAAUUAAAGCUUGUUGAUCAUGAUGAUGCUGCUAAGGCUGGAUCAGACGAUGAAGGCAAAAACAGACAAGAUUCUGAUAUGGAUGAUCUUGAUUUCGACGAUGUCUUCCAAGAUGACGAUGAAGCCACUGCAGAACAUGAGGUCGAGGACGAAGAUAUCAAGGACAGCAAGGAUCGUGUUAAAAAAGAAAUUAAAGAUUAUGCCAUCAGUGGUAAACAGGAACCUGAAGAUAAUCAAUAUGAUGAAAUGGGUAAGCUUACCUCAGAAGGAAAGCAAAUGCGCAAAUUGGUACGUGACCUUGAAAAGAAUCGGGCCUAUGAAAGUGAUGAAGAAGGUGAUCCUUAUGCUUCCAGUGCUGAGGAGCUCGACUCUGAUGCAGAGGAUGAAGACGGAGACGACGAAGAAAAGGAUAAAAAGGCAUCUCUCCUUAAUAAAAAGAAGGGAGUGGCACCUCCAGCUAAACCAGUGAUGCCUAAAAAGGCACACACUGCCAAGGUUAAAAAGGAAGGCAUGUCGAAACCUAUCGGACGUCCUGGAUCCCCAUCACUCUAUAACAAGCGUGAAGGAUCACCUACUACUGCUUCUAACGGUGCUGGUAGAUCCGCGUCCCCUGCUGGAUCUUCCUCUUCUCCGCUCAGACCUUCAUCGCCUCUAAAUCCAUCAUCACCUUCACGUCACGCAUCCACAUCGCAUCGUUCACCUACACCCUCCUCUCCUAACAAGGAACACGGUAAGAAACGUCGUUUGGAGGAUACAUCGGUCAUCAAUAGCCUUGAUGUCAAACACAGAAAGACAGGCAGAGAUGAUAAUCUGAUUACCGAACAAGAAGUGAUUGAUACUUUACGUGGACGUCCCAUGACUACCAAGGAAUUCCUGAUGAAUUUCCGUAAGCGUAUGAAGAGCAAUGAUCAAAAUCGUACAAUCAUCACAGAGUUGCUGCGUAAAGUUGCUAAGCGUAAUAAUUCUGCUGAUCCACACACUCGUUUAUUGGAGCUUAAGCCUGAAUUCCAAUAAACCUACAUACAACAACAGCAACAACAACAGCAACAGCAAGAACAACAACAUAGCAAUAGUUUUUUUUAUUUCUUUUUAAUAAAAUCACCAAAAAAA